CAUUCACGCAACAACACGGCAUCUGACGAUCUGCGGUUGAUUGAUGCUGUGAACAGUCAUUCCUUCCCAUUCAUAUUCAUUCCUUUUCGUCAGCGUGAUUCGUGUCGUUCCCACGUUCGGCCAGCCUUGGAGACCGGUUACGGUGAAGUGGAAUACGAGCCAACUUCUUGCGUUCUCAGAGAUCGAAAAUUCUAUCAUGGCUGCAACUACUGAAACCAUCAAAGUGGUGCCGCUUACCUGCCACGGACAUACUAGACCCGUCACCCACCUAAGCUUCUCGCCGAUCGUUGACGACAAAUAUUACAUUGUCUCAGCGUGCAAAGACAACAACCCUAUGCUUCGUGAUGGAGUUACGGGUGACUGGAUCGGAACCUUUAUCGGGCACAAGGGUGCGACGUGGCAGGCACGCAUCUCCGCCGACGCAGGUCUGGCAGCGACAGGUUCGGCAGACUUCUCUGCCAAAGUUUGGGAUACAACAACAGGGGAAGUUCUUCACACACUGCCUCACAACCACAUCGUCAAGGCAGUUGCGUUCCCGCCACAAGAGAAUCCGCAGAUAUUGGCGACUGGAGGGGCAGAGAAAAAGCUCAGGAUAUGGGACCUCUCACGUGCUGGAGGUGUUCCUGUAAAUGGCGCAAACGGAGCAGCAUCCGACGAUAUUGGAUCUACAUCUGCACCAAGCUGGGAGGUUGGAGAAGGCAUUCAUCAGGCGACCAUCAAUUCAAUCGUCUGGUCUCCGGAUUCCCAUGUCCUCAUUACUGCAGCGGAUGACAGAGUUUUACGUUGGUGGGAUUUGCGGACUCAGACGCCUAUCGGUGAAUACACACUAGAAGGGCAGGUUGGCACUUGCGAGCUUGACAGUCUGCCUUUAAAGGAGGUUUCAGAUCAUGGCACACUGAGCGUUGCAGCGGGUAAGAGCGUCUAUUUUUUCGAGCCAUCUAAGCCUGGAAGCCUUCUCAAGCAGGUCAAGACUCCAUAUGAAGUCGCAAGUGUGGCUUUAAACGGCUCGGCACGCAAGUUUGUUACAGGCCAUAGGAACGACACGUGGGUACGGGUUUGGGAUUACGAUACGGAAAUUGAAACAGAGAUAGGUAAAGGUCACCAUGGGCCUGUUUGGGCAUGUGCUUUUGCACCAGAUGGCAAGCUGUACGCUACAGCCAGUGAGGACGGGAACAUCAAACUGUGGAAGUUCACGAGUGGGCCUUAUGGACUAUGGACAUGAUAUCGUACGUCUUAAAGCAGCAUCAUGCGUCCAUUUCACCGAGAGUUCAGACAAGGCGACAGAGAACACAAACUGCCGCGGGAGUCGUCCCAAAGCAAGCUGCGAUGAGAGAUGAUUGAGGAAGAAUGGCAAUCCUGGAUCCAUUCAGCGAUACCCUCCACCGCUGAGCUUCUCUCGACAGACUGAAGUUGAAAAGCUACGGCCGGAAUACCAGGAGGCCCCUCGCUCGCCUAGAGCAAGGUCUUGCCGCUGAAAAGUGAUGUGGCCGCUCAGCAGCAUCAAACAAAAAAGAUUGAACAAUUGCGAAUGCUCCAAGAUCGGCUUUAGCAUCGAAGUAUUACACUCGUAUUAGCAAACGUUGAAAACGUUUAUUCGGCUCUAUUUCGACAAAGAUAAAUAUUGCUGAGCGAAUGCCAUGAAGAGUCCCUUUACUCCCCUUGUCCAAGAGCGGCUAGCAGCUCAUGAUACCAUCCCUUUUGAUUCCUUUGCACCACUAUCUAUUUGUCAAUGACGGAUUCGAACUUUAUAAGAUACAAUGAAGGCCGAUAAGCAAUCAAAGUAUGGACUUCGUCGUACUGAUUUGUGUUUCGCGCAGAAAGAUCCCGAGGAUGGCCAGGCACACCCGGGCAUGUGCGACGUUGUUCUACAUCAACCUACUUCGUUCACAGUCUUGUCCGCAACCGCCAUUCAAAGACAUGUUUCCAUACUGCCCUACCCGGCAACUUUUAGUCACCGCAAUCAAAACAGCCAAACCCGAACUCCUCCCUGUUUCGGCAUUCAGUGCUUUCGACAAGUUUAGAUUGUCCUUUACAAGGUCUUGUCCUUCCAGGCUGAUCAGGCACAGCGGGGAAUGGAGCAUUUUGGAUGCCAGGUUAUUCG